UUGAACCAUCAUGACAGAGACAAAGCUCGACAUGUCUCGAGCCCUAGGCGCUGCUUUCCUCAGUCACCAAGUUGAACAACUUGAGAAGUCGCUAUCGAAAGGCGCCUCCUCGGGAAAUUGGAGAGAUCGACGAUAUACUCAACAUAACAACAAUCUAUAUUCUUCAGGAGCCAAUAAGAAAGCUCCCAGCUCUCCCAAGAAUGCCAACAGCCGAAAGAAAGUGAACGAAGCACAGGCGAUUGGUGUGCGAGAGGCUCCUUCGGAGGCAGGAAGUAAUAGGAGAAAAUCCAGGGAGGAGUCGGAAAAGGAUGCGGAUAUUAUUGUGGUUGAUGCCAGUGUGCUGGUACAUUCUUUAAACCAGCUGAAGAAAUGGAGCAGGAAUGGCAGGAAUGAGGUGGUUAUCGUACCACUUGAAGCUUUGACUUCGCUUGACCUUCUAAAGAAGGGCAAUAACUCGGUCGCCCAGAAAGCCAGAGCUGCCUCUCGCAUCCUUGAAGCGCAAGUUGGCAGUAAUCCUCGCAUUAGAGUUCAGCAGGAUGAUGCAUUCGUAUUGUGGGACAAAAUCCAUUUCGCCGACAAAUCAGCAGACGAGAAGAGUUCCCCUCAAAGUCCCCCGGAAUGGGUCCGUAAGACGAUCUGCUGUGCUCGAUGGGAAGCGGACAACGCUAAAGAAACUUUGCCGUCCGUCAAUAACGCCAAAGUCGUUCUUGCCACUUGUGCCCCAUCCAUCGGCUCGCCACAAUUUUCUACCGUCAAACUUUCUCAAGACAAUCACAACAGUAUGCUUUCACCUGUUCCUGGCCCUUCACCCUUCCACGCGAACAAACAUGAGCCCCGCGUUGCCGGCGUUCAGGUCGCCCACUGGGCUGCUAAAGCUGGCCUAGAGGUUCUCAAGGUUGAACCUACCGCGAUGCAGCCUAAUCCCAAUAAUCACGCUCGUUCGUCCUCAGAGGAUGAAAAGCCCAAGCGUGUCUCCAUCAAAGGACCCGCACGUCGUGGUGGUCCUCCCCAUAAUUCUAGGGCGGAUGUGGACAAGCUUCGGGGAGGCCUUGUUGAGCGCUCUCCUGCUGUUUUGACAAUGAUGGAGAGGGUCAAACGUCCGGACAGUAAGGCCAUACGAGUUCUCGCCCGAGGCGAAAAACUCGAUCCUUGAGUUCAAGGUCAGAGAGCCGUUACAAGUCGCCAUUGUCAUCAAUAUACCGAUGAAGCGUUCCGAAUAUUCUCGGGAGUUGUCUUUUCAGCCCCCAAACAUAUCAUCACACCUGCCAUCAUAUCGCUUCAUUACGGUUGUCUCCGGUUGUCAGUUCAUCCACCCGACUCUUUUCUUUUCUUCACUCUCUCUCACUCUCACUGGAUUUCCUGGAUAUGGAGUUGGGUUUGGAGCGAGUUGCGUGUUUGAAUGUUCUAUAGAUGAAAAUGAGUAAUUGUUAACAACUCGUUCUGGCUUCCUGAUCUGGUGACGGUGAAAACGGACAAACCUUCCAAUUACCUCGUCCUUUACCGGUUUUGUCUAUAUCUCAGAGAUUGGCGGACUUGGACAGCCUCUUUCGUUGAUGCGAAGACUUUUUACGGGAACGACGUGUAUCUGGCGGUUGUGGCAACUUGGAUACUUUUCAUCCUCCUAUGUUCCUGACCCCUUGACUUUCAUCCUUUAGACAGUUCUCAUAUGAUUCACGAUAUGGAUAAUUGAUACUUCCCCCUUGUGUUACUUUUUCGGUCAUAUUCUUACUUUUCCCCCU